AUGGAUGACACAAUCAUAGAAGCUAGAGAAGAACUCAUACUUUCACCGUCAUCCAAUGAAAACAAAACUCUAAGAACUGCAUAUUUUCUCAAACCUUCCAUCCAACACUCUCUUUUUCCUCCUCCCAAGUUUUCUAUAUCCUCUGAAACUACCACAAAGCUGCCGCUAGAAAUAAGGUACAAUGGAUGGAGACCACCCACAGAAGAAUGGAAAAAAUGGGUAAAAAAGUUACAACCAAAGUUCGAAUAUUUAUGGAUACAAACUGGAAUAUACCAAGCAAUCAAAGCUUCUACAUAUGAAAUCAAAAGGGAUGAUGAGUUGGUUCUUGAACUUGUCAAUAGAUGGUGUUCCGAGACAAAUACAUUUGUUUUUCCAUGGGGAGAAUCAACAUUAACAUUGGAAGACACAAAGGUUUGUUUUGGUUACUCUCUUUUGGGUUGUUCUGUUUCUAACCCUCUUAUGAACAGUGAACAAGUAAAAGCAGAAGAGGAAUUAAUGGAAGCAAGAAGAAUCUUUAACAGUUCUAAAGCUAAAAAAGUGAAUCAAAGAGCAUGGAUGAUGUAUUUCAUGGAGACUGAAAGUAAAGUGGAACAUGAAGCUUUUCUGGUUUAUUGGUUAUCAAGGUUUGUUUUUCCCGCAGAUGCUUAUGAGAUUAUUCUGAAAAGUGUUGUUCCUAUUGCAAUACAUUUAGCUAAUGGAAAUAGAAUAGCUCUUGCACCAGCUGUUUUAGCUAGUAUUUAUAGAGAUUUGAGUUUACUUAACAGCGUCAUUACAAAAAAUGCUACAACAAGCAUGAAGAGUUUAAGGGUAACUAUUUGGGCCCCAUUUCAAUUGGUUCAAAUUUGGGCUUUAGAGAGGUUUUUAUAUCUUAAACCUCGUCCUUAUACCAUAGGGCAUGGUUUACCAAAGGUAGCUAGGUGGGGUGGAGUUAAAGUAAUGAAAAAUAAAAAGUUGAAAAAGGACUUGGAUUGUGCAGGAUUUGGAAAUGGUUUUCUGUGGCAACCAUACGAGAAUUCACCAUGUGUUCAGGUUUAUAAUGAAAAAGAUAUGUGGAAAUGUGAUAAUCCUUGUUUAAAUGAAGAGUUAUUGUCCUUUGCGCCGUGUUUGAGAGCAUGCGAGUUGGUUGGAAUGGGAUGUAAAGAGAAGUACUUUCCUCACCGUGUUGCUAUGCAAUUUGGUAUGGAUCAAGACAUUCCCGGUAAGGUUGCUUUUUGUAAGAAAGAUCCUUGGGUGAUUUAUAGCCAGCCAGCGGCAUUGUUGGAUAUCGAUUUGCUCGUUCAGUUGUGCUCUAGCAAGCCUGCAGGUGUUACUUCUAGAUACUAUGAUUGGUGGAAGCAAUUGAAAUCAAAUGAGGAAAGUGAUAACAAGAGAGUAAAAUUUGAGAAACAAGAAAUGGAAGAUUCUGAUGAAGAGGAUGAUUUGUUAGUUUAUGAAAUAUCAAGUUCUGAUGAUGAAGUAGUUGAAAAUGGAAAGGCUUUGUCUAGCAAUGAAUUUGGUGAUUUUACAUCAUCAAAUGUGGGUGAUGAGGGUGAAGUCAAUAUUCAAUGUUGCGAUAGAAAUGGUGAAAAAGAGGAAAGUGUUAAUCCUUUUACAUUAGACAUGGAACUUGAUCUUGAAAAGAGGAUUGAGAAGCUUGAAAGAGUGGUGUAUGAGCUUAAAGAAGCAAGAUUUGGAAAUAAGGCAUAA